UCUUGUCUUCGAUCAUAGAACAUUAGAACUCAAUGGCAACACACGACUUCGAUUUCACUGAUCCUUAUGGAAAUGAAGAUAGAAAACGUUUGUAUAGAAACCCCGAUAGCUAUUUUAACAAUUGGUCCUCAAAUACUCAAUCAGAGGAAGUUGUUGAGGAGCUUUUUAUUCAAGAGACAACAUACUACGACGAUCGGAGGCUGUCUUCUUCGAGAACUGCUGAAGCCGAGUCUGCUGAAUGGAAGCGAAGAUAUGAGUUGGAGAGAUCGAGGAACCAAGAGUUGCCACAUAAUGGCUCUCGCAUUACAGGAGCUAUAACUUAUAACUCAAGGAACCUUCCCGGUUUAUUGUCAUUCGGUGUAAUAGAGAUUCUCAUGAUGGUUGUUGCUUCUGUUGUUCCAAACUUCUUGACUGGUCUUAUCACUGGAGCUGGCCUCAUUGGAAUCAUCAUGGCGUCUUCUGGAUUCUCCCAUCUUCUCUCUGAUAUUCCCAAUAUCUUUUGCCGUUACUCGAUCUCCUACUGUGUUUCUUACAUGAUCUUCGGAUCGUGGGCCAUCAAGCUAGGGCACAGAAACGAUAUUCUCGAGCCGGAAAUGACAGGAGGAGAAGAAGUGAACAUGAAUGAAGUUGGAGUCAAGGUGAUGCGUUCAGAAUGGUGGGGCUUCCCUGAAAUUGUGAUAGCAAUCCUUGUGUGUACGUGGCUUAUUUUCUUUGUGGCCCAAAAGCUGAAGGAGAGAUCAGGACCAGCUUCAAGGGGGAUUCAAGCGAAAGUUUGCUUUGAUGUGCAGCUUUCAUGAAAUCAGCAUUAUAUCUAUGAUUUGGUUAUCUGUUCAGCAUUAUCAUUUGUUGGACUAAUUA